AUGAAAAAUAGAUCCAAUUAUAGAAAAUUUGGGGAGAAUAGAGAUUAUGGACGAAAAAUUGGCCCAGAACAUAAUCGCCAUAAUAAUAAAUAUGGAAAUGAUUCUAGAGGAAGGAAAUAUUCCUACACUAAACCUCCUAACACUUGGGGUAAUAAUGAGAAUAAACCUUUAAACAGAAAGGAACGAUUUGUAUCACCUAAGCGUAAUAGCAAUAGAGGAGAAAGGGGACAGUCUCCACCCUUUUUUCACACUAAAGAUAGAAUGGGAAAAGCUUCAGGAAAUUCCCCUGUCCAGAAAUCUGGCAUCCCCACACAGAGACCUAGUACCUCUACUUACCAGAGAACAUAUGCAGAAAUAGCUGGUUCUGGUCGGGAGAAUUUUCAAGAGAGGGAAGAACGUUUUUUAGAGAGGGAGCUAGACCAAAAAGAAAGGCGAAUAACCCAGUUUUUCAAACCCCGCAACAACCAGUGGGAAAACAGAUUCUCCCCACUGGAAAGCCCCAUGGAAACUCCACCCAAAAGAAAGAGAGCAGAGGAAAACUUCCGGAGGGAGGAAAAUCCAAAAAGGAAUUAG